AUGCCUCAACAAAUCUCAUACCGUCCCGUUUCAGACUCUCCCGACGCUACCUAUCAUCUGAUCUUCUUUAUCACAGGCAACCCAGGAUUGAUAGGUUACUACUCGACCUUUCUUUCACUUCUCAACGAUCUCCUGUCUUCCUCGCCCACCAAGAAUUCGGAUACCUACCAUAUAUUUGGCCAAUCCUUGGCUGGUUUUGAGACAGACGAUGUCCCCUCUGAGUCCCCCAACCAAAAUCCAUAUUCGUUGGAACAACAAAUAAAUCUUGUUCAUGAUUGCCUAUUAGAACAGAUAAGUGGUUCAUCCACACCAUACAAAAACGUGAUCUUGAUAGGGCAUUCAGUUGGAUCAUAUAUCCUUUUGGAAAUUCUUUCCAAACUCAUCGCGCCGGCUGAAAUCCCUUCUAUAUCUGCAGGUUUGUCAGGAAUUCUUCUGUUUCCAACAGUCACUCACAUUUCCCACUCCCCUUCUGGUGCAAAACUUACGCCUCUAAUGUCGAUUCCGAACUUUCCUGUCUUGGCCUCUUCUACGGCUAAAAUGCUUCUUUAUUGUGCUCCGAAUGUUAUUUUGGAUUUCCUCGUGAAGAAGAUCACGGGAAUGCCAGAGGAGGCAGCGAAAGUCACCACGAGCUUUUUGAGAAGUAAAAAUGGUAUUUGGCAAGCACUGUAUGUUCAUCUGCCCCUGGAUCAUGACAACACUGAUGAAGUCUUCAGACAUCUUGCACGUGACGAAAUGAACAUCAUCACAGAUGACAAAUGGGAUUCGGAGAUCUGGGGUGUGGAGCAUUCCGAAUCGUCUCAGUCUUCUCCACCUAACCUCAUUUUUUAUUUUGGGGAAAAUGAUCACUGGGUAGCAUCUCAUACUCGCGAUGCACUCAUUGCUGCACGAGCUUCUCCCGUGUCGGUAUCAGCCUCUUCCGCCUCCUCAUUUUCGAUCAAGGAAAACAAUAAGCCUAUUAUGAUGAUUGAUGGGGAGGGUAUUGAUCAUGGAUUUUGUAUCAGCGCCGCUGAUGGCACCGCUGCUUUGAAUGUCGAUUUUUAUGAUGAUUCAACACCGAAGGAGUUAAUAGACAGUAAAGAUUUUGUUUCCUUAUACCUGCGUUGCCGAUAUGACCGCCGUGGUGAUGUCGAGAUAGGACGAUUACACGAAUUCGAAGCGGGACUUCCAGAAGGGUUUAUAGAGGAAUUACCAGAGAAUUAUGGGCAUAAGAUCAAGCGAGAACUAGAUCGAAUUGCAGAAUUACGAGCAAUAUUCGUGGCGAAAAAGAGGAACCUCCCUGAUAUCGUUGAAUUGAAGAAGCGAAAGGUAGCCUGGAAAGAAAACGCCAUCGACUCUCUUGAUGCAAACUUGAAUUCGAGCCAGACUUCGAUACAUGAAUUGAAGAAGGAGCAAGCAAAACUGCAGCAAGAAUAUGAAGCUUUCAAAAACCAACCAACGGAGGCCACACGGGUCGCAAAAGACCUCGAGACGAAUGUCGAAGAGUUACGCAGAGCGGAAAAUAAAAAUAGAAUCCUGAAAGAGGUAGCAAAGUGGAAGUCUCCUGGUGAUCUAAUUGCAGAAGUAGAGGUAGAGCAAGAUGUUCCGGAUGACUCUGGAUAUGGGUUUAGUGUCUCGAAAAUAACUCUAGAGAAGCGGCAAUCCGAGCGCACGCCCAAGAUCACAUCUUUUGACCAGUAUAGGAUGGAAAAGUAUUCUGUUUCGGAGGUACUCGAGUCCAAUGGUGUUCGAGAUCCUUGGGCAAGAGAAAACACCGAAAGCAUUCGCUACUUUCAUUUCCCUGCUAAUAAUAUGAAAUGGAUCGAACAAUUCAAAGACAUUAUAAUGAAAGCAAAGACCACCGACCACAGACAUCGAGAGUUCUUUCCAGGGAACUGUGGACAGGGCAGCAGCAUGGCGCUGCAAAUGAUCCACUUCAUGCUCGGCACAUGCGUUCGCACUGCAAAUGUAUUCCUCAAGAUGCCUUAUCUUCACUGGGAAAUGGAUCGAAAGAGAGCUCACAUGGCCAACAUUGCAAAAAAGCUCACAUCUGAGCAUCGGGAAAAACAGACUCGUUACCACAUACGUCAUCAAAACAUGCUUGCAAACCUCGUCAAAGACAAUACGAAGAAGUUUGGCUUCCUGCAUACGGCUGAGGCCAAGGUGCUUACGAAUUCAGAUGGCCCUGCCCCUUCUGAUAAAAAUACUUCUGGAAAGGUCACAAAACCCUGGGGUCGUUAUUUGAUGCAAGUUGCCAAAGUCUACGAGGCAAUGGAUCUUGAACCGGAUAUUAAAUUAGUCCACAGUCAUUUGCAUGAACAACCACCUUUUCAUCCACGCCGUACGCUUGAUCAGUCCUACUACUUCAAGCUUGAAAAUACAGAAUCUCGGGACAGGGAUCAAGUUGUUUAUCGUGGUACAAAGGAGAGGAGGAUUAUCCACGCAAGUACCCGCGUAGUGAUGGUCGAUCAGCUAUGGAUGUACAUUCUUGACGAACAUACCAUCAUUACUAGCUUUCCAAAAAGGCUGGGUCGCAAUAAGCCUGACUCUUCAGGUGUGCAUAGAUGUGUUAGAGACCGACUCGAAAAAAUCCGUCCAGGCCAGAUCAAUUCUGUAUACGAUCUAGCUCUUUUGAUCAUGAAUGAGUGUUCGAUGGUAUUUUUUGAUCGCACAAAGCCUACUGAUGAACGCCCCGAGGUUUUGGAUAUAUUUGCCGAUGCGAUUGGUUAUGUUUCGGAAAUGAAGACGACCGCAUUCAAGUUAUUCUGGCGUCAUCUUGAGCAACUGAGUGGCCAAAGACUAAAAAUCGACCCGGAAAAGGCACGACUCUAUCUCAAUAUUAAUCCCGAAGGGGUUUUACUACGAGAAGCCCAUGAUAUCAUUGAAGAAUUGAGAAUGAUGUCGCGUAUAAAUUUGCAACAAUUACAAGUCACGCAAGUCUUCUCAAAAGCCCUAGAGACAUUCAAUGGACAGGUUGAGCCAAUGCAAGAAAUGACUGGCCUUUUGAGACUUAUGCUAAAAGAACUGAAAAAAAACUCCUCGGAUUCAAAUGGCAUGAUCAGCAACGGCACGCCGUCGGCUGAGGAUAGUUCAGCAAAGGUCAACAAAGUCAUGAUUAAGCAUACCAUCGACCGAUCCUUAGAUCUAGUUGACACUAUAUCAAAUCAUCACAGCGAGUUAAACCAGCUUGAGGAUAGUGCCCGUGAAAUUGCCGAACAAUUACGAGACCUACUCACACUCAAACAACAACAAGCAAGCAUCAUAGAAGCUACCGCUUCACUUGAUCGUGCGGAUGAAAGUGUACAUCAAGGUCGAUCUAUCAUGAUAUUCACCGUUAUCACCAUUAUUUUUCUCCCGCUAUCUUUCAUGAGCAGUAUAUUCGGUAUGAAUGCGGUGGAGUUUACUGGAUCCUCAAACUCAGUCAUGGGCAUUAGAGAACAGUUCGAGUUCAUGUUUCCGAUCUCAAUUGCGCUGACUUUGUUCUUCCUUUAUUUGGCGCUCAAAGCACCGAGUCCAAAACUUAUAAAACUUCCCCUUUUCUUAUUCUUUCCUAUUGUUCUUUUGAGGGCGUUAUGGUAUGGAUUUAGAGACAAGCGGAAGAAAUGGGAAGGGCUCUUCCUGUACUUGCAUGUCGGAUCAGCCAAAGAAAAGCUGGGAGAAGAUUACAGGGAAAUGGUGACCGAUGCAUAUCAGUGGUGGUCUGCGUCAAAAGUCAAGAAUAGGACUAAACCAUCGUCCGAAAACUCAGAUAACAAGGAACAAGCAGCUACAAAUGAUGAAUCGUACGAGGAAUUUUUCCUUGGGGGAGAUAAAGUCAAGGAUUCUGCUCCGACAAUUGGGGAUAAUUAUGUCUGA